AAUUCCUACUACUACAAUUUAAACUCAUCACGUUUUCAGAUCCAAACCAAAACAAACUGCUAUUAAAUUGCUGCCGGAGAGGGAGAUUAGCAGAUUAGCACACCGCCAAGAUGUCCUCGUGGAAGAAGGCGUCCAAGAGCAACCAGAAGGUGCACCGGGAGCGCCACCAGCCGGAGGCACGCCAGCACCUGGGAUUCCUCGAGAAGAAGAAGGACUACAAGAAGCGCGCCCUCGAUGCCCAGAAGAAGCAGAAGACCCUCAAGCUGCUGUACCGCCGGGCCCAGAACAAGAAUCCCGAUGAGUUCUACCACCACAUGAUCAACUCCAAGCUGUCCAACGACGAGCACCGCGAGGAGGAGAAGCCGGACGAGCACACGCCCGAGCAGCUGGCCCUCAUGCAGACGCAGGACCUCAAGUAUGUGGUCAUGAAGCGCACCGUGGAGCGCAAGAAGAUCGACCGCCUGAAGGCCACGCUGGUGGAUGUGGACGCCGCCGAAGGAAGCGGUGGAGCGGGCAACCAGCGGUACACCUUUGACGAAGAGGGCAAAAUGUGGGCGGUCACCCUGGGCGAACGCCUCCAGGAAGCGGACAAGAAACCGGAAACAUCUUCAAACUCUACCAAACAGCAGCGCAUCAACGAGCUGAAGAAACGAGAGCACCGUGAAAGGGAGCUCGCCAUCGUCCAGCAGAAGAUUCAGCUGAAGAACGCACUCAAACAGCCGCGUCUUCUGAAACCGAAGAAACUGAAGGGCGGAACUAAGGACAGCGCGCCCGUCUACCAAUUCCGCUACGAGCGCAAGAAAUAAGGCUUCUUUCUUUAUUUUAAUAAAGCAAUUAAGUGUAA